AUGAUGAACUCAUCAUGCAUCGAUUUCGUCAUGUUCAGUCGCGGACAACACGAUGAGGACAACAUGUCACGUCGUCAGUGGAAGAGGGAGAGAUCGGCCAUAUCCACUCAUCAUCAUCAUCAUCUUAACUUUCCGGCCCCUAACGAAGACGAAGAGCUUGCCAACUGUCUUGUGUUGCUGUCCAAUUCAGGGGAUGCUUAUAACAAGGGGAAGGGCAAAACCGUCAAAAAGCAAAAAACCGCACAGGUCUUCCAAUGCAAAGCUUGCAAGAAGGUGUUUGCGUCGCAUCAGGCGUUGGGAGGACACAGGGCAAGCCACAAGAAAGUGAAGGGUUGUUUUGCCUCUCAAGAUAAAGAGGAGGAAGAAGAAGAAGAAGAAGAGGAAUACAAAGAAGACGACGAUGAAGACGAAGCGGACGACGACGAGGACGAGGAGGAGACAGAAGACAACAGAUCAACGGCUCACGUAGCAAGGAAGAGAUCCAACGCUCACGAAUGCACCAUCUGCCAUCGCGUAUUCUCUUCGGGACAAGCCUUGGGAGGUCACAAGAGAUGUCACUGGUUAACACCUUCCUCCAAUUAUCUUCGUAUGACGCCAAUUCAUGAUUCUGCCGGAAGAUCACAGCCGUCUCUUGACCUCAACUUAGCUUGCCAAGAGUAUUCCGUUGAUCCAACGGCCAUGAGCGUAGGGAUGACAACUGCGAGAGAUGGUGGUGGCAGCAACCACAACGCUACUCCAUCUAACUCAUGGUUAAAACUCGCAAGCGGUGAUUGGUCUUGA